CGGCGCUCUGCUUCUGGACUCAAAGGUUUGAACAUGUCGCGCCUGAGGGGAGUGGCGGAGAGGAAUACCCGAGCGGGUUUUAGAGCUGAGAGGAGAGAGGUCGAUGCUUCAGUACCUCAAGGGCUGUUAAAGGCAGCGAGGAAGAGCGGCCAGUUAAACCUGUCGGGUCGGAAUCUCAGUGAAGUACCUCAGUGUGUCUGGAGAAUAAAUGUGGAUAUUCCUGAGGAAGCUAAUCAGAAUCUUUCAUUCAGUACUACUGAGCGAUGGUGGGAGCAGACGGAUUUGACCAAACUAAUCAUAUCCAACAAUAAACUUCAGUCACUUACAGAUGACCUACGACUCCUGCCUGCACUCACUGUUCUUGAUAUACAUGAUAACCAGCUGACAUCCCUUCCUUCUGCUAUAAGAGAGUUAGAAAAUCUUCAGAAACUUAAUGUCAGCCAUAACAAACUGCAAAUACUACCUGAAGAAAUUACAAAGCUAAGAAACCUGAAAGGUCUAUAUCUCCAGCAUAAUGAACUAACUUGCAUCCCAGAGGGAUUUGAACAACUUUUCAAUUUAGAAGAUUUGGAUAUUUCCAACAAUCGUCUUACAACUGUUCCUGCUAGUUUUUCUUCUCUCUCCAGUCUGGUGCGACUUAAUCUUUCCAGCAAUCAACUGAAGAGUUUGCCAGCAGAAAUAAGUGGAAUGAAAAGAUUAAAGCAUUUGGAUUGUAACUCAAAUCUCUUAGAAACUGUACCUCCUGAAUUGGCUAACAUGGAAUCACUAGAAUUGCUUUAUUUGCGGAGGAAUAAAUUACGUUUUCUACCAGAAUUUCCUUCUUGUAGAUUAUUAAAGGAAUUACAUGUAGGUGAAAACCAGAUUGAAAUAUUAGGGCCCGAACAUCUUAAGCAUCUGAAUUCUAUCCUUGUGCUAGACCUGCGGGAUAAUAAGUUAAAAUCUGUUCCAGAUGAGAUUACACUGCUACAGUCUUUGGAGAGACUUGACCUAAGCAACAAUGAUAUUAGUAGUCUACCCUGUUCAUUGGGAAAACUUCAUUUGAAAUUUCUGGCACUAGAAGGAAAUCCUUUGAGAACCAUACGAAGAGAAAUUAUAAAUAAAGGAACCCAAGAAGUCUUAAAGUAUCUGCGAAGCAAGAUUAAAGAUGAUGGACCAAGCCAAAGUGAUUCUGUUAUUGAGACUGCCAUGACACUACCAAGUGAAUCCAGAGUCAAUGUACACGCUAUCGUCACAUUAAAAAUACUGGACUAUAGUGAUAAACAAACAACUUUAAUUCCUGAUGAAGUAUUUGAUGCAGUGAAAAGCAACAUUAUCACUUCUGUUAACUUCAGUAAGAAUCAGCUAUGUGAAAUUCCUAAAAGAAUUGUGGAACUGAAAGAAAUGGUUUCUGAUGUCAAUCUCAGUUUUAAUAAGCUUUCCUUUAUAUCCUUGGAAUUAUGUAUGUUUCAAAAGUUGACAUUUUUAGAUCUCAGGAACAAUUUUUUAAAUUCUUUGCCUGAAGAAAUGGAAUCACUGAUAAGACUACAAACAAUUAAUCUAUCCUUUAACAGGUUCAAAAUACUACCUGAAGUUCUGUAUCACAUCCCCACACUUGAAACAAUUUUGAUUAGUAACAAUCAGGUUGGAUCUGUAGACCCUCAGAAAAUGAAGGCAAUGGAAAAUCUAAUGACAUUGGACCUUCAAAAUAAUGACCUCCUACAAAUUCCACCCGAGCUUGGUAAUUGUGUGACCUUAAGAACACUACUACUAGAUGGAAAUCCAUUCCGUGUUCCUCGAGCAGCCAUAUUAAUGAAAGGAACAGCUGCUAUUCUGGAAUAUUUGAGAGACCGGAUUCCUACUUAAAUUGAGAGGAGGAAGCAAUAUAAUAACCUGACAUAGGACUAAUCUUUAAAGCCACAUGAAAGACUGCUUUAUACUAGGGACAGGUAAGUGCAUCUCUUUCUGAGGGAAGUAAAGCACAGUAGGGUCUUCACAAGUUAUGCCUUAGAAUUUGACAUAUGAUAAAUAAGACACUGCUUCUUUUCAUUUCUGAUAUGGUCUCUAAAAUCAGGUAGCAGAUGCCUGGAGGAAGACUAAUUGGUGUGGAUUAAGCUAAAGAAUGAUUAGUUUCUUUGUGACUUUGUACUGGUCUUGGACAGAGUUGAGUUCCUCCUGGCUGAGAGGCCCCCUGACACAAUUGUAUUUAAUAGUUUUACCACAUCCAUUCAUUCUUCACACAAGAAUUUAAAACUGUUGUAACACAUGUCAUGAUGUAUUGAGAAUUUAAAUUUGAUUCCUUCAAUUUUUUUUAGUCAAUUUGGUUUCUCCUCUCAGUUUUCUUUGAGGUUGUGUAGGUGAUUCCCUGCUUUAUCAUGUACCCUAAGGAGUUAGAGACCUAACUUUCACAGAGUUUUCUCUAGUUUAGCAGACAGUUCAGCACAUAGUUCACAAAAGAACCAAUCUUGGCACUAUUAGGAAGUUUAUUGCUUUCAGCUCUCACAAGAAUUUGGAAAUACGAAAGCUGACUUAAUGAGUGGAAUGAUGAAGUCUGCAUAGUAGGAAUGUGGUAAGUCUGGAGUUCAGGUCCCAACUGUGGUUAAUAAAAUUGUAUUAAAUACUGGAGAUUCGCUAAAAGGGUAGAUUUCGGGUGCUCUCACCACACAUGCAUGCACACACACACACACACACAAACACAAACACAAAAGGUAACUGUGAGGAGAUGAGUUAAUUAUCUUGAGUAGUAAUAAUUGCACUGAUGUAUUUAUAUAUCGAAUCCUCAUGUUGUACACCUUAAGUAUACACAAUUUUAUUAAAAAAAAAAAACCUAAAAAACAAGGGCAUCACACCCCAUAGCUGUUAAAUAAACAUUUCCAUUUAAUAGUGCAAAAAAAAAAAGAAAAAAAAAGAUGCCUUUUUCAUGUUGGCCAUUGAAUAUAUAUAUAGAUAUUGGGCUUUUCCCAAUAGUUUUCAAACUUCAUGUCCAGCAAUAUGCCCAAAGUGGUACUUGAGGGUCGGGAGCCCACUGGUUAAGUACUGAAGAAGCACAAUCUCAUUUUCAGCUUGUAAGCAUGCUUCACAAUUCACUGCAAAUCGUUUUAAUAAACUUACAUUUUCUAAUUUGAUGCACAGAGACACUAAAUGGCUCCAAGGGAAAAGCCAGUACUUCAUCUGGCAACCUAUUUUCCAGACCAUGGUUGAACUGCUCUACUUUCUGAACUCAUCUUUAUUAUACAGUUGUUUCACCUCUAGGCUAAUUCUAACCUGAGUUAAAAAAAAAAAAAAAA